CCCCUGUCCUCUCCCCAGCAGCUGUCAGCCUCUCCGCUGCAAAGAGCACCUCCGCUGCUCAGCUGGUCUCCAGUUACUCCCAGAUCUCCCUACUGAGCAGGAGGGAGGAGGACGGAUGUUUGAGCCGCUCGGUGAGAGGAGCGCGGAGCUGAAGUUCAGCCUCAUCAUGUUCACUGAAGCAAGAUCAUGACUUUACUCAACGAGUCAGUGAAGACCACCUCUCCCUCCCUUCCCCUCUCCUCCCUUAGGAACAAUUUCUCAGCCUUUAUCACACCUGACCUCUCUUAUUCCCCUUCAUCCUAUCCCACAUCCUCUUCCUCCCUGCUGACACCCUCCAACUGCACCAGCUCUCCAGCAUCUUCCUCACCCCCGUACAACUUCUACGCCGUGCUGUUAGUCCUUCUCAUCUUUUGUGUGGUGUUUGGGAAUGUACUGGUAUGUGUGGCUGUGUCUCGGGAGCGUGCUCUGCAGACCACCACCAACUACCUCAUCGUCUCCCUGGCUGUAUCUGAUCUGCUGCUUGCAACGCUGGUCAUGCCUUGGGGUGUCUACCUAGAGGUUGUUGGCGAGUGGCGCUUCAGUCUAAUCCACUGCGACAUCCUGCUCACUCUGGACGUCAUGAUGUGCACUGCCAGCAUCCUCAACCUGUGUGCCAUCAGCAUCGACAGAUACACAGCAGUAGCCAUGCCGUUGCUCUACAACACCAGAUACAGCUCCAGGAGGAGGGUGGCUGUGAUGAUCGCUGUAGUGUGGUUUCUCUCUUUUGCCAUCUCCUGCCCUUUAUUGUUCGGCCUAAACAACACAGCCAGCAGAGAUGGCACCACAUGCAGCUUUGCAGACCCAGCGUUCGUGGUUUACUCAUCCGUGGCCUCUUUCUAUGUGCCAUUUAUUGUUACGUUGCUGGUAUACGCCCAGAUCUGUGUGGUGCUGCGCAAACGUGGAAGACGCACUGCUCCACCGCGCAAACAUGGUUUGCUUACACAGAGUGGUUCUGCAGGGGCAGAAAAUCGGCAACGGAAGAAUAAAUGCACACAACCAGAAGAUGUGAAAUUAUGCACCAUGAUCCUUAGACCUGCCACUGCAGGCCCUCAACGAAAGAAAGUGACACUUGUAAAGGAGUCCGUGGUUCAUCCUCUCGAAGUGGAGCCAGGUCGGUUCCUGCCACAGACAGAGCAGGACCUCCCCCCUCCCAACGCUCCCCAGCCCUCCUCUAAUUCACUACAGUCUAAGAUCUCCCUCUCCAUCGCAGUGGGACCGGCCCCCACCCUUUCCUCUGUUGUGGCACGAUCAGCAUUGAUGCCCCGUCCUCCUACUCUAGAGGAUGGUAUGAGAGGUCGAGAGGGGUGGAGGGAGCGCAGCGGAGGCAAAGAGAAAUGGGGAACCACCAAGGAGAGGGUGAGAGGGAGGCUCUCGCAGCAAAAGGAGCGGAAGGCGACACAGAUGCUGGCCAUCGUGCUCGGUGUGUUCAUUAUCUGCUGGUUGCCUUUCUUCUUGACCCACGUGCUUAAAGCCCACUGUAGGAGCUGCUGCAUCUCGCCCUCUCUGUACAGUGCUGUCACCUGGCUUGGAUAUCUCAACAGUGCUGUAAACCCCGUUAUCUACACCACUUUUAACAUUGAAUUUCGUAAAGCCUUCAUCAAGAUCCUUCACUGCUAGCCCUGACCGAGAAGCACCAGCUGUCAAAGUGAAUAAAUAAGAAAAAUAGAUGUGGGGCUAUAGAGGAGAAAGCAAAGAUAAAGAUCUCUGUGACAGUGCGAUGCUAAGAAGAACUGAGACUGUAAUCAGGAUAACUUGGAGACAUGGAGAUAAAUACUUUUUUGAAGGAUAGAAGAGAAAAAUAGAACCAGCGGCUAAGACAAGACAAAACCGUGGAGAGAAAACAACGUUUAAGAAAGGCAAUGACAACAGGCUCAAAAGAACUCACAAAAACAGAUUUGGAAAAGUGGAAGACAGCCACAAGGUAAACAAAAAAGUUGGAUUUAUAUAUAGUGGAAGAGAUGUAUUCUGUGCAAUGUAAAUAUAUUCAGUAAAGAGUAAUAUAUUCAGUCUAACUCCUUUGUGGGUUUUAAGAUAAUAAUAAUGUUGUCCAGGUGUACAGCUUCACUGGAUUUGCAUCAGACUGGCUCUGUUGAAUUUACUUGUAAUCUUGACAAACACCAUGUGCUUGUAUUCCUCACAUGACAGGGUUCAUUUAAACAAACAAAAACAGGAAAAUAAAUCGUCUUUUUGUAUUGCUGACAACUCUUUUGUUAUUUUUCUUUAAGAAUCUAUUUUAUUUUAAUAAACUCAUAUGUUUGUGCUGUAAAUAAGUGUUUUUACUCAGCUGACUGUUUUAAAACGUAAAUUUUACUUUUGAAUGCUUUUUAUUUUUUGACCAUUGUAUGAAUAAUUAUUAAGAAAAAACUCAGUAUUUACAUAAGCUUAUCAACAGCCUGUGCAAAUAUUUAAAUGAGGGCAUCAGAAAUGAAUAGUUCACACAAAAUCUGUUUUAUUUGUUGUUGGGGUUUUUUUUAUUGCCUAAUUUAUCCUAACUUUUCCCACAGGCCCUACAAUCUGAAGUUGUUUUUCACAAUGGAUAACUGUUAAACACUAUGAACUCUGCAUGUGCUUAUUUUCUAUUCUUUUGAUAUGUAGAAAAUACAUUGUUCUCUUUCUGAAUGUACAUGAUGCCACAAAAAAGAGUACUUUAUGCAUUUGUUCAAUGCUGCAUCAAUGAAAAGUAUUAAAGAUAAGUUAUUGUUUUGUCCCAUAAGAAGACAAUAUCUGUAACUUAUAAAGGUAAAAAUAAGCCCUAAUGUCACUCUGAAUAAACUGUGAAGCAAAAUGGAAAAUGUGCAAGUUGAACUAUGAAGGGACUAGCUGGUGGUUGUCUUUUUUAAUGCAAGUUUUAUUUUGUUUUUAA